AUGACGGCUGAUAUUUCUAUGGUCAACUCAGUUCUUGACACCAACUAUGACAUGCGGUUCUCGGACAAGCACGUGAUCGCUGGCAAUCCGGUUUUGCUUCAGUGCCCCAUUCCCAGCCAUUUGGGGGACCACGUGUGGGUGACGUCAUGGCAGCGAGUGGAUGGCUACGUCAUCACGAGGAACACGCAUGGCGAUGAGUAUGUGGUGACGACUGACGGGCAGCUCUACAUCCGGGAAGCGCGCGACGCUGAAGAACUGCUACGCUACCGGUGCCACACCGAGAACACGCUCACGCGUCGGAAGAAGACAAGUUCCAACUUUGUACGCCUUCUUCUGAGGGAGCCAGUGACGAUGCAGACGCCGUCCAUCGUUUACCGAAGUAGCAGGGUACAGAGCGACCCAGGCCAGCCCGUUGACUUACUCUGCGUCGCCGAAGGUUUUCCGGUUCCUGGUUACAGCUGGUACAAACGCAACGGACAACGGAUGGUGCCUCUAGAGCCCAGCAUGGACGUUCGGCAGGUCGCUGGCGUGCUGCACUUUCGCGAGGCGGAGGCUGACGAUGCCGGCACAUACGUCUGCCUCGCCUCUAACAGCGUUGGCGAAGCUCAGGUCGACCUAGAACUCGUCAUCACUCCUAAGCCUUGGGUGACAGUCACCCCAGCACACGUGAGGGCCGAAGUGGGACAUGCUGCUGCAUUCCGCUGCAACGCAUCCGGCCUGGACUGGGGUGUACUGGACGAGACGAGCCUUGAAUGGCGUCACAAUGGCCGACGCCUGAUGCCGUCCACUCAGCAAGGUGCCGGAAUGGGCCGCUCCCGCGUUCUGCACCUUCCUUCGAUCCGACGUCAGGACCAAGGGAUGUACCAGUGCUUCGUCCGUUUGUCUCCCAAGCGGACUGUCCAAGCCGCCGCGGAGCUGAUCGUUGGGGAUCAAGCACCGAAGCUCAAAUCAGCCUUUGAAGAAACGACGGUACGCCCAGGAAAGCCCGUGUCGCUACGUUGCGUUGCGUCGGGGGACCCGCCUCCACGCAUUACGUGGCUUCUAGACGGUGUGUGGCCUAUCGAUACCAGACACGGCCGCGUUCGGGUGCGAACCAUUGGAGCGGAAGCUGGUGCUGGCCUGAGCGGCGCCGAGGUCUCCAGCACGCUGUCUAUCUCUUCGGCCGAGGUCCAAGACGGUGGAUCGUACUCGUGCGAGGCGUCAAACUAUGCAGGCGCCGCCUCGCAUUCGGCUCGUGUCAACGUGUACGGAUCAAUCUACGUGCGAGCUCUGGGCAACCUGUCAGCGCUGGCUGCAGCCACUUUCUCUGUGCAGUGUCCAUUCGGUGGUUACCCCUUUGGACACGUCUACUGGGAGAAAGAUGGACGAAGACUUCCCCUAAACCAGCGCCAGACGGUAUUCCCCAACGGAACGCUACAGAUACAAGGAACUGAUCGUGAGCACGACCAGGGCCAGUAUACGUGCACCGUACAUGGACCAGACUCACAGAUCAUUCACCGGACCAUCUCACUGCACGUACGGAGCGGGCCGCAGAUCACGCCCUUCACUUUCCAGGCGAACUUGCACGAAGGCGUGCGCGCUGGACUAACGUGUUUAGUGCACGCCGGAGACCCUCCUAUCCACCUGGAGUGGUUGCGUGACGGCAAGCCGCUCGCGCCUGGCGCUCAUCCCGACGUAUCCAUCAUGACCGACGAGGGUGGCUUCGUGUCGACACUGACUCUGAAGCGUCUCUCGUCACGACAGAAUGGCAACUACACUUGCAGGGCCACAAACCAGUACGCAUCCGCCGAGCAUUCCGCCGAGCUGCUCGUAAAAGUGCCCCCUACGUGGACCAUGGAGCCAAACGACACCACAGCCGUGUCUGGGCGUUCGGUCUACGUUGACUGUCAGGCUAGCGGCGUGCCUCAGCCUCACAUCCGCUGGAAGAGCGCUUCAGAGCCAGAUAGUCCAGCGUCUCAGUUCCGCACGAUAAUCAGCAACUCGCACAUUCAUAUACUUGUCAAUGGAACACUCAGCAUUCGCAGCGUCGAACCCGGGGACGCUGGGCUCUACCUGUGCGAAGCUUCAAAUGGUGUUGGAUCAGGCAUCAGCCGUGUUCUCCAACUCACCGUCCGCAGUGCGCCUCGGUUUGCAAGCAAGUUUACUACGGUGUCGGUGCGGCGAGGGGAAGGCGCCGAGGUUACUUGUCCAGCGCAGGGAGACUCACCGAUACGCUUUCACUGGCUCAAAAACAAUCUGCCACUUAAUGUGCUGAAAGACCACAGGUACUCUAGGGUUGAAGACCGAAGUGGUGACGUCACCACGUCUAAAAUUACCGUUCAGCAUGCAGAGAGAUCUGACAACGGCGUCUUCACGUGUCAAGCAGCCAACGAGUUUGGCGAAGACUCGACAAGUGUCCAGCUCACCGUGCAAGAUGUGCCAGACCCUCCGAGUGACGUAGACGUCCGAGAAGUUGGAAGCAGAACAGCGCGCGUCACGUGGUCUGUCCCGUUCACUGGGAAUUCGCCCAUCACGCAAUACGUGCUCACUGGAAGACUGCAGACGGUGGGUAAUCAGUUUGACUGUGUCUGGCAGGACACACUCACGGUGUCUGGCCUGGAGACAAAGGCAACGAUGCGUGGACUGCUGCCGACAACUAGUUAUCACCUGCGUGUGCGUGCUGACAACAUACUCGGAAUCAGUGACUACAGUACUCCUGUGGAAUUUACUACUUCGAAGGAACCUCCGCGGUUCCCACCAAAAAAUGUGCAAGCAACCGCGACAAAUACGAGGACAAUAUCUGUGUCUUUUGACAACCCCAGACACACAAAAGCGGAUGACCAAGUCGAAGGGUUUUACGUCGGCUACCGCGAACUUUCUAGUCUGGACGCGUUCACCUUCAAGACAUUCGAUGCCUCUCCCACGCUGCUUUCGGCUCCCACCAGCCGCGACCACGCCUCUGGUCUCAGCGAAAUCGGACCGGCAGGUGCGGCGGCGGAGUCGCAACCUCACCGGCUUAGCUACGAGCUUACGGGAUUACGCCGCUCGACGGAGUACGCAGUCACCGUGCAGGCUUUCAACGCCAAAGGUGCAGGGCCGCAGUCUGAGGUGGUGAGAGUGCGGACCUUAGACUUCGACCCGCCGAGCGCCCCGCACUUGCGGAUAGGCGGCACCACGGCUCGGUCCAUAUCCGUCAACUGGGAGAACGAACAUCUUCAGGAAGCCCCAAUCACUGGCUUCUCGUUGUACUACAAAGUGGAAGGGAGCGCCGGCAGCGAGUGGCACGAAGUCUCCGUUCCCCACGAUCGCCGGGCGUUUACCUUGACAGACCUGCGGUGCGGCACCGAGUACCUCGUCUACAUCCGAGCUGCAAACCGCGCCGGCAAGGGACCCCAAGGCGAAACGCUCAGCGUCCGCACAAACGGGGGACGACCAUUGGAGCCGGACCCAAGCCGACUGUUUGAAAUCAACUCGACGUUCGUGGUGCUCCACUUGGACGCCUGGGAAAGCGGGGGCUGCCCGGUCUCCUACUUCGUCGUCCAAUAUCGACCCGAAGCGCGCGCUGCUUCUCCUUCCACGACCUCGACCGAGUGGACACUGCACUCGAACAACGUUGUACCACAACAGCAACUCGUGCAGCUCGCCGAUUUGGCCCCGGGUUCCUGGUAUACGCUUCUCAUGUCUGCCCACAACGAUGCCGGCUCAACGGAAGUGGAGUUGAGUUUCGCCACGCUCACACUUACUGGAGAACUGCCCUCCCGCAGCUACGAGCUCCUAGAUCCUCAGGUGGCCUUCUACCGACACCUGACGGUGACUGUGCCAAUUGUGAGCGCCAUUGUGGUUCUCAUCAUCGUAGUGGGCGUGGUCUGCGUUGUCUUGCGAAGAAGGAAUUACGAUCCUCGCCAGCGCAUUGGAGACGGAAUGGUGGUCGCGGAGUGCUGCGACGCCAGCAAGGGUGACUUGAUGUUGGCCGUGUCGCACGAGUCUCAAGCCAGAGAACCCGUCUACUACCCAGCGCCUUACGCCACCCACAAUAGGAGUGGCACGGCGGCUGGUCCCGGGAGUGGUCAAUGCAACAACGUGGCUGGCGCUCGAGAAUGUUCGGCAAUGGACGAUCCUAAAAGCCGCACAUACGACGUGCCCUACCCCGUCAAGAGACUAGAAAUGUGGGAGCCAAGUCAAGAGGAGCUGCUGACGUGCAUGGAAGUCUACGAAAAAGCAGGCCAAGAAGCAAUUUACAGAAGCUCGCCGUUCCACAUAUCGAAGCCGAAGGGGCGCAGAACGAGAUGGAGGGACGAUGGUGACAGAAGUUCGGGGAGCGAGAAUGACGCUGAGGAUCUGCUGGAUGAAGAGCGUGGCGAAACCAUUCCUCAGACGCUCAUCGUGCCUCUAGAAAAAUUCUCGUCCUGGGACCUCGACGCCACAACGGAUGACCCAAUCCGUUCCUGGAAGAAGUACCCAAGCGCCUACGAAGCUACAAGCGUCCGAUGUGCCGGGGAGUACACAUCGAUAACGUAGGCUGGACGCCAGCAGAGUGCCUUUCAGUGACGGUUCAUGUUCCUGCACAGACUGGUUUCAGUAGAAGGACCGCACCGAGUGGCUUGUCUCCCUGUGACUAGAAAAUACGUGAUCGUGGUAACACAGCGUGAACUCAGCAAAAAAAAAAGACAAUGAGUGUGGCCGUCAACUUCACCGAUUUGUCUUCACAGUUUGCAUCUAAAGGUUGGUGCGCGGACGGGAACUUUUUUUUUUUAUGAACUGUUCGCCAUCUUUGUUUCUUCUUUUGCACAACGUACUCUGUACAAUGAAGUACGUAUAAAGAAAACUAUU